CUUUGUUUCUUUGUUUUUUUACCCUGUUUGGUGGGUAUUGUUGUUAGGCAGAAAUUUCGUUGGCAUUUUCAUGAAAAUUAGAGAUGUAUCAGUUUCCUUAUAGUCUGUCUUUGAAUUAGAGGAGGUGCUUUCGUGUUAGUCUUUUGUCCAGCUUUAAUUUGUCUCUGAAAUUUCAAAGCCUAUAAUUUCCAACCUAAUUUCAUAAAUAGUCUUCCAAGUGAAACUGCUUGGGCUUUUCUAUUGAAAGUGAGUAGAAUCUGCAGGUAAUGGAGUUUAGUAUUGCUAUUUCCACUAUGUGGCCACUGGUUUAGUUAGCUUGAUAUAAAGUACUACUUGGUGAUUUGGCUAUCAUAAUGAUGGCUGAGGAAGACGAUGCAUCAUAUCCAUCCAUGGAGAAGAAGAGAAUACCUCUAUGCAUUUUCUUCAAGGAUUUUAGACAUGUACUUAAAAUGGAUGAACUUGGUUUAGAAAUAGCAAGCAUAGCAUUGCCUGCAGCACUGGCUUUGACAGCUGACCCCAUUGCCUCUCUAGUAGACACAGCAUUUAUUGGACAAAUAGGUCCUGUAGAGCUAGCUGCUGUGGGAGUUUCUAUUGCCCUAUUCAAUCAAGUAUCAAGAAUCGCAAUAUUCCCACUUGUCAGUGUAACAACCUCUUUUGUUGCUGAAGAAGAUACUAUUGGAAGUGUGAACCCUGAGGUGCAAGAUAGUGAAUCCUUGGAAACAGGUUCAGUUGUUAACAGUGAAAGUAAAGAGUUGAUACCACAAAAUGUAUCUGGUGAAGGUGCAUACAAAUCAAAAUCAGCUAUGAGCAGCUUCGAUAUUGCUAAAAUGGAGAGUGGAAGAAGGCAUAUUCCCUCAGCCUCAUCUGCAUUAGUUAUUGGUGCUAUCCUUGGCUUCAUCCAAGCUAUAUUCCUUAUAUCAGGAGCGAAACCAUUGUUGAACUUUAUGGGAGUGGGUUCUGAUUCACCUAUGUUAAGACCUGCUCAACAAUAUUUGACAUUAAGGUCACUUGGUGCUCCUGCAGUUCUCCUUUCCUUAGCCAUGCAAGGGGUCUUCCGUGGAUUUAAAGAUACGAAGACUCCUUUAUAUGCCACUGUAACUGGAGAUGUAACAAACAUAAUUUUAGACCCCGUAUUUAUGUUUGUUUUCCGUCUGGGAGUCAGUGGUGCAGCCAUUGCCCAUGUUAUAUCCCAAUACCUGAUUUCAGUUAUUCUCUUAUGGAGAUUAAUGGAAAAAGUUGAUCUCUUACCUCCAAGUGUCAAACAUCUGCAAUUUGGUAAAUUUCUUAAAAAUGGUUUUCUGCUACUGAUGAGGGUAAUAGCUGUAACGUUCUGUGUUACUCUUUCUGCAUCAUUAGCUGCACGACAAGGAUCAACAGCCAUGGCUGCAUUUCAGGUCUGCUUGCAGGUUUGGCUGGCCACAUCUCUUCUUGCUGAUGGAUUGGCUGUUGCUGGCCAGGCAAUACUUGCAACCGCCUUUGCCAAAAGUGACUAUGAGAAGGCAACAGCCACUGCAUCUCGAGUAUUGCAGUUGGGGUUGCUUCUGGGAUUGAUGCUGGCUAUUAUACUCGGAGUAGGACUGAGUUUUGGAUCAAGAUUAUUCACAAGUGAUGUCAAUGUUCUACGCAUGAUUAGCAUAGGCAUUCCGUUUGUUGCAGGUACUCAACCCAUCAAUGCCUUGGCUUUUGUAUUUGAUGGUGUCAACUUUGGAGCUUCUGAUUUCGCAUACUCUGCCUACUCCAUGGUUCUGGUGGCCAUUAUUAGCAUCCUGUCUUUGUUAUUUCUAUCCUCCACUUAUAAGUUCAUUGGAAUAUGGGUUGCUCUGACUAUAUAUAUGAGUCUCCGGACAUCUGCUGGAUUUUGGAGGAUAGGGACUAGAACAGGGCCCUGGAACUUUCUCAGGAGCUUGUAGCCGCUUGUUUUCUGAAUCUGCAACUCGCUUCCAUUACACUUUUGGUUGUAUAAACAUUUUUUUGCUCCUUUCUUCUGCUGUGUUUUUUAAUCUCCACUGUUAUGAAAUAUUAUCCCUUCCGAUAUGGGUUAAAGGAAAAAUUGAUGAUUGCUGCCAAAA